CCUCAGCACCUGGGCGCCCAGUCCUUUGGUCCUGGUUCACAGGUGCGCGCAGGGGCAAUGCUGCGGCUGCUGGGGUCCAGCAUCCCCAGGGGGCUGGGGGCCCGCGGGGCUCAGCGGGGGCGGCCUCCUGUCGGGGCAAUCGACCUCCAGGGCAGCCCCAACCGCCAGGCCUCUGGUGCCCCCCCCCACCAGCCCCCCAGCUCGGAUCUCGUGGCCCGGUCGGUGGGCGUCUGCUCCAUGAUGCGGCUGCCUGUGCAGACCUCCCCUGAGGGGCUGGACGCCGCCUUCGUGGGGGUGCCCCUGGACAUCGGGACUUCCAACCGGCCCGGGGCCAGAUUCGGACCCCGGCGAAUCCGAGAAGAGUCCGUGAUGAUCCGCUCAGUCAACCCCAGCCUCGGGGCCCUCCCCUUCCAGUCCCUCAAGGUUGCCGACCUAGGCGACGUGAAUGUGAAUCUCUACAACCUGCAGGACAGCUGCCGCCGGAUUCGAGAGGCCUAUCAGAAGAUUGUCGCCGCCGGCUGUGUUCCUUUGACCUUGGGUGGAGACCACACAGUCACAUACCCUAUACUGCAAGCAAUAGCAGAAAAGCAUGGCCCCGUGGGGCUCCUGCAUGUGGAUGCUCACAUGGACGUGGCUGACAAAGCCUUGGGAGAGAAGCUGUAUCAUGGCACGCCCUUCCGCCGCUGCGUGGACGACGGACUCCUGGACUGUCGGCGGGUGGUACAGAUCGGCAUCCGGGGCUCUUCCUCGACCUUGGAUCCCUGCAGAUUCAGCCGUAGUCAGGGCUUCCGCGUGGUCCUGGCUGAAGACUGCUGGCUGAAGUCGCUGGUUCCCCUGAUGGCGGAAGUGAGACAGCAGAUGGGAGGCAAACCCCUUUAUAUCAGUUUUGAUAUCGAUGGCUUGGACCCCGCUUAUGCCCCGGGGACUGGGACACCUGAAAUUGCUGGUCUCACCCCUAGUCAGGCUUUGGAGAUCAUCCGAGGUUGUCAAGGACUGAAUGUGGUGGGUUGCGAUCUUGUGGAAGUUUCACCAAUGUACGACCCUUCUGGCAACACGGCUCUCCUGGCGGCCAACCUGCUGUUCGAGAUGCUGUGUGUUCUCCCCAGAGUGAUGACCGCCUGAAGUGUCUGCUCCUCGAGACAGGACGAAUACACCUCUGAGCCAGUAGCGCCACGGGAGUCGGGCGGUGGCGCAGCGGGUUAAGCGCACGUGGCGCAAAGCGCGAGGACCCGAGUGAGGAUCCCAGUUCGAGCCCCUGGUUCGAGCCCCCGGCUCCCCACCUGCAGGG